CAACUCCAUUUCAAACUCUCGCACUUUUCUCUGUGAAAAUUCCAAUCCCAUCAAGCCACGUUUCAUCUCUGCAGUUGCCAAACCCUAAUUAGGGUUUUCCUUUCUACUAUUUUCUCAGAAAGCCAUGAUUCCAAUUCUCGAAGAAUCUCUCUUCCAUCGUUACCCCAUUCCUCGGGUUAGGGUUAGGGUUAGGGUUUCUCCCCUCUCCACAACCCAAUCGGAGAAACCCUUGAAUUUCCCAUAAUUCCCUCCCUUGACCCUCGCAUGGAUUUCGUCGAGCUGGAAUCCAUCGAAGGCCUCCGAUGGCCGUGGAAUGCAUGGCCAUCAUCAAGAUCCGAAUCGUCGACGCUGGUGAUCCCCCUCAGCGUCAUGUGUACCCCACUGAUGAAUUUCCCGGACCUCCCAUUGUUGCCGUACGAUCCCCUCAUCUGCGCUCGAUGCAGGGCGAUCCUGAAUCCGUACGCACGCGUAGACUAUCAAUCCGCCCAAUGGAUCUGCCCCUUCUGCUCCCAGAAGAACCCGUUCCCUCGAUCGUAUGCGGGAAUCGGCGAGCACAAUCUUCCUGCUGAGCUCUUCCCCACCUACAGCACCGUAGAGUACCAGCUCGGCCAGAGAGGCGGUGGGCCCGCUGUGGGGAUAUCGUCGUCGUCUUCUUCGUCGCUGCUGACAACUUCGUCUGCUUCUUUGAACUCUUCCAUGUCGUCGGCAUCAUCGUCGUUUGGUUUGGAUUCGAGGGCGCCUGCUUUUGUAUUCGUAAUGGACACUUGUAUGGCAGAGGAGGAGAUGCGGGCGGCUAAGAACGAGGUGCUGCACGUGGUGGCGCAGCUGCCGGAGGAUGCUUUGGUGGGGCUGGUAUCAUUCGGAGCUAUGGUGAUGGUGCAUGAUCUCGGGUUUGGGGAUUGCUUGCGGGUCGUGUUGUUGCAUGGCGAGCGGGAAUUGUCUUCGGAUCAGGUCCAAGAUUUCUUAGGCAUUUCUCGCCUACAUCACCGUAAGUUUGUACAGGCAUCAUCUAUGCCAAAGCAGGGCUUUCUGCUACCAGUAUCGGAAUGCGAGUUCAAUAUAACCACUGCAAUUGAAGAAAUCAGUUCUUCAAUGCAGGCUGUGCCCCAUCAUCGCCCUCAAAGGUGCACCGGUGCAGCGAUAUCAGCUUCAGUUGGACUUCUAGAGGGAUGCUUCCCCAAUGUAGGUGGCCGGAUCAUGGUUUUCACUUCCGGCCCUGCAACUAUUGGCCCCGGAAUUGUUGUAGAUACCGAUCUCACUAAGGCCAUCCGAACCCAUCCAGAUCUCAUUAAUGGUUCUGCACCAUACUACAAAAAAUCUUGCAACUUCUACAAGCAACUGGCGCAAAGGCUAUCCAACUCAUCCCUUGUUCUCGAUCUGUUCGCCUGCUCUCUCGAUCAGGUUGGAGCAGCAGAGUUCAAAGUUGCAGUGGAGAGCUCAGGUGGCCUCAUGGUGCUAGCAGAAUCAUUUGAGUCAGGUCAGUUCAGGAAAUGCUUACGCCACAUUUUCAAGCAUGACGACCAUGGCCACUUGAACAUGAACUUUGAUGCAACAAUUGACAUAGUGACCACUAAGGAGGUAAAAAUAUGUGGGGCCCUUGGUCCAUGUGUCUCUCUCCAGAGAAAAAACAGCUCAGUGAGUGAGCAUGAGGUUGGCCAGGGCGGCACCAGUUCAUGGAAGUUGGGUACACUCACAAGCAAGACAUGCAUUGCUUUCUUUUUCCAAGCGAGUCACGAUCAGAAAGACCAACCAGGUGCUGUGUUCUUCAUCCAGUUCAUGACUCGGUACCGGCAUGGAAACUCUGGGAUCCGGUUAAGAGUGACGACUGCGGCAAGAAGAUGGGUUGGGCCUCGGUCAGCAGAAAUCGCAGCCGGGUUUGAUCAAGAAGCUGCUGCAUCAGUCAUGGCUAGACUCACUAUCCACAGAGCUGAGCAAUGUUAUGCCCGAGAUGUCAUCAGAUGGCUUGAUAAGAUGUUGAUACGGUUUGCAUCCAAGUUCGGGGAGUACGUGCAGGAAGAUCCUUCUUCCUUCCGCCUCUCAUCGAACUUCUCACUGUAUCCACAAUUCAUGUAUUAUUUAAGGAGGUCCCAGUUCGUUGAUGUCUUCAACAGCAGCCCUGAUGAGACCGCUUUCUUCCGUCUGAUGUUGAAUCGAGAAGGGGUUGUUGGUUCUUUGAUCAUGAUCCAGCCCACCCUCUUCCGGUACUCCUUUGACGGCCCACCUGUCCCAGUUCUUCUUGACGUCAACUCGAUCUCUCCAGAUGCCAUUCUGCUCUUUGAUUCCUACUUCUACGUGGUCAUUCAUUACGGCUCCGAGAUUGCACAGUGGAGAAAACUUGGGUAUGACAGGGACCCAAAUCACGAGAGCCUGAGGAAGCUGUUGGAGGCACCGGAGCUCGAUGCUGAGGCUCUGAUAGCAGAACGGAUCCCAGUCCCGAAGCUUGUGAAAUGCGAUCAGCACGGUAGCCAGGCUAGGUUCCUGCUUGCUAAGUUGAAUCCAUCUGUUACGCAGCACAGUCAGGUUGCAGAAGGAUCAGAUGUUAUAUUCACCGACGAUAUUAGCUUGCAAGUUUUUAUAGAGCAUUUGCAAGCCUUGGCAGUUCAGGGCUGAUUGUGGCAUGGUUUUUGUGGUGUAUAGGGGUUGUUUCUUUUCAAAUUUUCCUGAGGGCCAUCUUUAUUGUUGUAUGCUAAAGAUAGUGAACGGGUGUGGAGCUCCUGUUUCUGCUUUAGAAGAGGGAGUGUUGUAGCC